UGUUUGAGAGAUGUGAUAACUGGAGUACGUCUGGCUGGAGGUGCUAUUUCAAGAAAAAUGGUCAUAGCAAUUGGUAAUGGAGUCGUCAAGGCAAACUGUCCAUCAAAACUUAAAGAAUUCGGUGGUCAUAUUGUACUUACAGAAGGCUGGGCUAGAAAUGUAUUGAAAUCGAUGGCAUGGUCUGAACGAGAAGGAACGACCGGCAAAAUCGAGCCAAGUGAACAAUUUUUACUUGAAGAAAAGUUCACAUUUCAACGACAAAUUUCCGCUGUUGUCAGCGAUGAUGAUAUUCCUAAGGAUCUUAUAUUAAAUUUGGACCAAACUCCUUUAUCUUAUGUGUCUCCUGGAAAAUACACUUUCAAUUCAAAAGGAGCAAAAACUGUUCCAAUUAAAGGCAUCGAUGAUAAGAGACAAAUAACAGCUACUUUUGUUAUCAGCAUGACUGGUAAGUUUCUCCCGAUUCAACUUAUCUAUGAAGGCAAAACAAAAAGAUGCCUCCCAAAGUUUGAUUUUCCAACUGGCUUUAAUGUUACAUUUUCCAGCAAUCAUUGGUCAAAUACUGAAAAAUCAAUGGAGCUAUUUGAAGAUAUUAUUUUUCCGUACCUGGAUAAAGUCAAAGUAAAUCUGAAUUAUCCAAAGGAGCAACUAUCGUUAAUAAUCAUGGAUACAUUCAAGGGGCAGGAUAACGAAGCUGUUCUUCAACUUUGCCGAAAGAAUUCUUGCAGAGUUAUAAUAGUGCCCCACAACCUAACAAAUAAGUUUCAACCACUGGAUAUAACCUUGAACAAGCCAGCAAAAUCGUUCAUUUCCAAUUGUUACAAUGAAUGGUUUUCUCAUCAAGUUUCCCAGCAGUUGGAGAAAGGCAUAAGACCUGCAGAUAUUAAAGUGUCGCUUAAUCUAACCGAAUUAAAGGUGAUGCAUGCUAAAUGGAUUUCAAAACUUUAUGAAUUCUUAUGUGCUCAAGAUAAAAUGAUAUUAAAUGGCUUCAAAGCUGCUGGUAUAACAGAAGCAGUGGAAUCUGCUAAUGCUGUCUUGGAAAGAAUUGAAAACCCUUUUCGUUGUUAAAAUAUUUACUUAUUUUUCUCUGCUAUUUGUAUGAACGGUUUGUUGUUGUUGAUUAUGUUGUUUUUGAUGUUUAUAUUACAAAGAUACCAUUGUUAGCAUUAAAUUAAACAGUAGGAAUUCAAAAGAACUUCUUUAAUUUUCUUUCUCCUUUACCAGGUUUGGUUUUACAGGAUCAUUAUACACUAACUCUGUGAAAAAGCUCUCCACCAAAUAUGGUCAUAAAUAAUUGAACCAAUCAUUAACCGAGAAAUUAUUUGCUUUUAUCAUCUCACGUGGGUUUAAGAGAAAGCUAUUGGUUCAAUUGGUUCAAACUUAGUGUAUACAAAGACAUAAUAUAGCGGAG